UAUUUCUCAAAUAAUUUCUAUGAUCCUAAAGUAACAAAUCAUUUAUAAUAUGUUAUUAUUUCAAAUAUUUCAUGUAUAAACGUGAUAUUGAUAUGGAUGACGACUGUAAAGAGUACAGGAGGAAUAAACCACAACAAAAGUUGUAUAAACCUGGUAGCGGACCGUUGCGACGAUCGGGCUAUGGUUUGGAUGCGAAAAUGGACUCGUACGGCGCAGAAAACGAUGCGGCAAGCAGAGACAAUAGUUAUCUAGGGUCCCACAAUAACGUGAACAAUGUAGAAGGAGGUACAGGGCACAGAGAGCAGUCGGCGCCGAACGCGCGUCAUAGAAAGCCUGAGCAACAGCUGUACGUGCCCAAAACAGCAGAAUCCAAUUCUGAUAUUGAUAAACCGUCUAAGGCGUCUAUGACGUGUGAUAAUUCUAGUCAGUAUAUCAAUAGAAGAAUGUCAAACAAGCAGGACAAACAUGGUUACAACAGUGGUACAGGGUGUUAUUCAAGAGGUGCCUCAAGAAGAGAAUUUCAUUACAAAGAUGGUGCAAAUAAUGAUAUCAAUUAUAAUAAUAGAAAUUAUAGACAAGUAUCAGAAACACGGUCCAUAUCACCAACACAUUGUGCCCAGGAGCAGAACACAAUGGAACGGAAUAGAGACAGUAGAAGCAUGGAGACCUCUGCAGGGAGAAACAUAUCUGGCUCAGGUGGGAAGCCUCCAUCUGGCCGGAGAAACUCUGCCGGUUAUCCUACUGACUCAGGCAGACCUAAGUACAUGGUAAAUUUAGAUAAUAUACCCCCAAGAUUUAGAAAGAAAUUUUUUGAGCAGUCUGGCCACCACAGUUUUGACAGUGUGGACCAAAUAAAUAGAGACAGGCAUUUUACUAACAAUUCUGAGCACCACAGCUAUGGUCAGAAUCAGUUUCACAACACAAACCCUAACUGGUCUCAGACCCUACCUUCACGUGGAAGAGGCCGCCUCAGGGACAAUGAAGGCUUUGACAGAGAUAAGUUCAUAAGUUCUUACUUGCGGACCUAUGAUGUACAGAACUCUAGAAGAUCUACUCCUAGCAACUCAUAUUUAAAUUUGUAUGAUCCUAAUUCAGUUGAUAAUAGAAAUAAUGAGAAAUUUGAGGGAUAUUCUAGCAAUGCAGAGAGCCAGAAAGAUUUUGACUCCUCUGUAUCUGUAUCUAAAAAUGGAAUUAGCAACAUGUCUAGUGAUUUCUCAUACCACCAAAAAGACAAUCAGAAACAUGAAACUGAUAAUGAACAGGACAGCGAGACUAUUUCACAGAUAUCUUCAAAUCUCAUAGACAUGACAUUGGAUUGGACUGAAGAAGUGGAAAAGAACAUAAAGUUAGAUGACAUGUGUGAUUCGUCCACUAGUUUUUCUCAAAACCUGAAGUCCUCAGUUUCACAGGGCGUGAAGGAGAUUAAACCUGCUGAGCCUAAGGAAUCUAAAAGACGAUCUAGGCAUAAAGAAAGAAGAAGUUCAAGUAGGGGGCAUAGGGCGUCAGAGCAAAAAACAGAAAGAAACAGAAAAGAUAGUAAUGUCAGCAUGUCUGAAACGGAGAGGAGCAGAAAAGAUAGUAUUGUUAGCAUCCAACAUGAGACAAUAGCUACUAGCUUGAAACAUAAGGAGCGAGAGAGGAGGGACAGCCAUAGGAGUAACCGAUCUUCUACCCUGGGGAACAGUCGGGAUGACUUGGACCGAUGGAGAUCCUUGCGCUCUUAUAGCAGAGAACAAAGCACUGAAGGGAGAAUAGUAUCACAAUGCAACAGCAGAGAUCCUUCAGCCAAUCGCGCCAUGAGCCCAAGAGAUAAUGAUGGUUUCCGUGUGCCUUCUGCAGUUCCUAAGUCUGGCACAUGGACAAAUAAUCAAAAAAAGAAUGGUUCCUGGGCACCUGGCCGUACUUCAAGCACAGAACGCGGUCGGCAGUCACCAGCACCGAGCGUAGUCAGCGCGAGUGGGGAGGGCGGCGGCGGACGGCGCGCGCGCAAGCGAACGGGCCGCCGCCGCAAUAAAAACACCGACGUCACAGUCCCUGCACCCGCGCCCAAUCCUCCAGGACACAACCCCGCGCCCACCGCCACUAACUGGCGCGAGGAGAUACUGGAGUCCAAGAAACACACGCACGACAAACAUGCAGAAAGUACACACCAGAGGAACAGAUUGAACAGUGCGAUGUCGGACAAAUCGAUGUCGGAAACGUCCACUUCCCACCCCGGUAUACUAAUACUUCCACAGAGUUCAGCUACACAUCUACAAAAGGACCAUGGGCGUGGGGGUUCAGUAGAAACACAAAAAACAUUGUUCGAUCACCAGAAUCCAUCCAAACCAAUUAUUGUCCAAACUAAUUCUUCUAAAUUAGACAUGAGAAUGGAACGAGGAUUAAAAGAAUCGUCGAACCGCGGUGGAUCGGGGUACGAGGCAGGCGAUGCGGCUCGGGCAGCUCGGCACCGUGCCUUGCUGCAGGAAGUGGACCGCGAGGACGCCAUAUUGCAAACACACAUCUUGCGUGGACCGCUUGCUUUGGCAGCUCACUGGGACGAUGUCAUAGAGACCAGGAAACAAUUGCAAAGUGCUCUCCAAAGACUACUAAUGUCUGAUCUCAAGUAUUGCCAAGCCGAGAACAUCGAACAUCACUUUUGGAAGAUUUUAUAUUAUAGUUUCAUAGAAAUUUUAAGGAAAAGUUUUUCUCAAGUAUCACCUGAAGAUAAGCCGAAGAUAGUCAAACUUAUAAACGUUAUUAUUGAUGAAGGAAAUUUGUUUUUCGAGAAUCUUGUCCAGAUGUUAGAGAAGGCUUAUAAAUUCAACACUGACGAUUACAUUAAUGACAAUCAUAUGUUGCCUCCAAAAGGGCUAGGCUAUGUGGGGCUGGCGUUGAUCUCAGUACAAAAAUUAUACGUGUUUCUUGGCGACUUAGCAAGAUAUAAGGAACAAGUGAAUGAGACAAAUAACUACGCGAAGAGCAAAUUUUGGUACACAAAGGCUCAGCAGAUCAAUCCUAAAAAUGGACGACCAUAUAAUCAGUUAGCAAUAUUAGCUAUAUAUGCUAGAAGAAAAUUAGACGCAGUAUACUAUUACAUGCGAAGUUUAAUGUCUUCGAAUCCAUUUCAUUCGGCAAGAGAAAGUUUAUUGUCUUUAUUUGAUGAAAACAGAAAGAAGUACGAGGCAGCAGAACGCAAACGUCGAGCGGCUUUAGAAGGUUCUCGUAAUGGCGAAAGCAGCGAAGUAACUGUGAGCGGGACUGGGCAGAGUUUGCGGCGCGAAGUAUGGGUGCGUCCCAGCGGACAUCGCACUACCACAUUGCGACGUGAUUCUAGGGAUGAGCAUUUGGCUUCUAUGACUCCUGUUGAGCUGAACAAAACUUUCAUUACCAGCUAUUUACAUGUGCACGGAAAACUUAUUACUAAAAUUGGUAUGGAGACGUUUUACGAGAGCGCUUCGCUGAUGCUGCGGCAAUUCAGAGCCUUGCUACAUCGACAACCUCUGCCGAUUCCUGCUGCAAGGCUGCUUCAACUGACUGCUCUUAACAUGUUUGCCGUUGAGACUACUGCUGCUUCUCUAAAAGAUGGCAGCAGCGGCGGUGAGCGAUCGGCCUGGCUGGAAGCUGCUUUAGGAGUGUCCCUUCUCAUGUUCGGAGCAUUGCUCGAGCGUUGCUGUGCUCUGUUACCUGAGCCUGCGCACAUGCAGCAGCACUCUGAUGCAUUGGUACUUCUGCCUGCUAUUAAGGUGUGGUCUGACUGGAUGCUAUGCCACAGUAGUGUAUGGAAUCCACCACCUUCAUUUGACAAUUUCGAAGUAGAAAGCGAAAACGAUCCUUGGGAUUGGCUGGCGAAACUGAUGAACAUCCUAGAGAAUCUAGAUGACAAGUCGCUCAAGUUCGAAAGUGAAAUGAAAGACGGUCUGGCGAUAGUGCGGCUCGCGGAGGACGCCUCUCUGGCAGGGUUCACGCCAUUGAUGUAUAUGGAACCUGCGGUGGCAUGGACGCACGACGACCCCGCCGUGCCGCCACACGCCGCCGAGCACGCACUGCGCACACGCAAGCUACUCUUUUUUGGCACUGAAUAUCUAGUAGGAGUGGAGCCACCAGUUCUAAAACUGGAGUACCCCGCUGGGGCUCCUCCGCGCUACGUGAGCGCAGUUCAAAAAGCUACAGUGACCAACCUGCCCUUGCAACACUUGUCUGAAGACUCUGAGGAUGAUAGUAUGGUAGUGUCAAGUGGCCCUACCAGUAUGAGCGAAAAUGUGGACGGCUCGGAGGGAGCCUGCGAAGCUACAAAAAGACUGCUAAAGCGGAAGGAACAGCUGGAGUCUAGAAAAGCCUCGUUGGAGAAACGCAGAGAGCGUAUGCAGGAAAUUCUUCGUGGCGGUUGGGUAAGCGUAGAAGUAGAGGUGCGCCCACACUGGUUGGUUCCCGAUACAAACUGCUUCAUCGACCAUCUCGCCCUGCUGCAAGCCGUAGCUGCUAUGAAUUCGCAGCCCUACUUACUGGCCGUACCCCUUGUCGUGUUGACGGAGUUGGAAGGUUUACGCAAAUGUUCGCGAGUAGGCGAAAACGCACAAGCAGCAUUGACCUGGAUUAGCGAGGGGGGUGGCGGCGGGAUACGACUGGCGACGUCACGGGGGUCCUUAUUAGCAUCGCGAGCGUUCACCGCCGAGCGCGAUCAGACACGAGCAACCAACGACGAUCGCGUGUUAGCUACUGCUCUCAACUUGCAUGUCACUCUUGCUACUGAACCUGACACCCGUGGUGAUGACGGCGGCGAAGGGAAAUAUGUACGACGCGUGCGGGAAGUUGUACUGCUAACUGACGACCGCAACUUGCGCGUUAAGGCACUGGCUGCAGAGCUGCCCGUGCGCGACCUACCUUCUUUCGUGCACUGGGCCGGCGUUGACACUGCGAACGUAAAACCAACUGGAACGGACGACACGGUUAGCGGACAAGUGACCAGUAAUCGGACGACUAAUUAGCUCAUAAUAUUUUGACUUACUGUAAUUAUAUCGACACGCGAUGUAACUUAAUGUUGCGGAAUGAUAGUGCUUAAACCAAGUCUAACCUUGAAUCGACGGACUGUACGUACACGUCUCACUCUAGUAUAGGAAUUGACUAGUAUAAGUAAAAUUAAUACACCAAUAGACGGAUAUAUUAAUAAAUUUUGUUACGAGCUUUAGGGUUCCACCUCUGUGUUCCUGAGCUACAUUUUACUUUGUUAUUUUUACGUAUUUUCAGUUAUUAUUUCUAAGGUAUUAGAUAAAUCGUAAAUUUAGUGUUGCUGAGCUAUUAUUUUUAUUUACUUUUUGUAAUAUACAUAUUAAGUAUAUUUUUUAUUAUUUUGUAGCUAGGUAAUAGACAUGAAUGAACUAUAUUGCCUGCUUGUUACAUCAAGUACACGAUCCAUGGAUUCUUUUUUCUUCUUUACAUUUUAUUAAUUGACUUUAAUAAAUAAUAUCAUUGGAAAUUUUUAAUCUUAUUUAUCUAUUUUCUCUACUGUUCGAUUGGAAUGCCUCGUGCCAAUUUUAGCCUAAAUUGUGUUGUGUCUUAUUUUGACGAUUCUCUUAUAAAGAAAAUAAGCAAUCUAUGAAUGAAUGGUGGUAAUACAGUGUUAUUAGCCCGUGACUUUGAAAGUUCGCGUACACACUCUAGUAGAUCAUAACUUGCAACUUGAAUUUAUGUAGUAUGUGCUUAAUCUCUCAAGUCGCUAGCUAAAAUCAUAGUGAUUUAGAUAUGUAAUUUUAAAUGUCGGACUGUUGUUCUUAAGUUGUAGUAUCCACUCUUUAACCACAAAGUUGUUAGGUUACAGUGUUAUAAACGACGUACUGUAUCGAGUACCCCGCAAAGUACAAGUUAAACAUAGUUGCAUUGAUGCAUUGAUUCGUAAGUUUACGCUGGCUAUUAAAAUGUAAGUUCAAUGUUGACAAUCGCUUUUCAUCUCCGUUGCGCAAAAUUUUAUAGUUAAUUAAGGUUCCUAUGUACACUUACACUUCCAAGUGUAGGCUCGAUUGACCACGUCCUUCAUGUAGUAAAUGCGUGUUAUGAAAAUGUGUUUUUAUAAAAGUUUACAAAGGUACUCUAUGAACAUCGACAGUGAGGUGUUUCGUAAAAUAUUUGCCUUUAGAUAGUUAUAAUUGUGAGCAAUAAAAGAGUAAUAAAUUCAUCAUAACAUAGUACUCGCUUUCUGUGUUUAUAAGUACGCAGGUCUUAUAAAGUUACUUUUUACCAUACCGUGAAUAAAUAGACAAUUUUACAUAUAAAUUAUCAUAGAACUAUGAUCAUCACUAUAUAUUUGCUGAAAAAUGUCCUAUAUCCAUGGUUCACAUGACCAUGACAACCUUGUGAUAAGGCUGUAAUGACGUUGAUAUUCAUUUCUGUAACAAAUGUUUCGUAUGACGAAUAUAAUUAUACGUCUAGACGCAUUACCAGAGGUUAAAAAAAAUUAUCCGCUUUAUUUUAUGCGACAUUCAAGAUGAUCACCGUUGUAUGAUGAUGUAAUUGAGUUCAUAUACAAUAAUAGAGAAUUUUGUUCUUGUUGCCAACAUGGGUUAUGAGUGCAUGUGCCUUUGAAUGUUACGAUUAUUAGCAAAUACAGAUUAACGUUUAUUAAUUGUGUGAAUAUUGUAUCAAAUGCUGACACAGUACAUUCAAAUUUAAACUGUUUUCCUGCCUGCGGCAAAUCCUUAUUUAGACCCAUGUUCUUUUUUAAGUACACUUAACGUAUUUUAUUUGUAGACAAAAUAGAAAUUAUCC